AUGGCCAAAGAACAUGAUCAAAGUACCGAGUGUGUGAAAGAUACAGCAAAUUGGCCGUUCCGGCCGGCAUUGGCAGCCAAGCAAAUGGUUCCCCCAAAUGCCACCCGUUCCAAGCUCAAGUCGUUGAAGAAGAAAGAAAAAAGACUCAAAAGACAGGUCACCCGUGAUAUUAACAACCUCAAGCAACACCACUUGAAACAUGUGAAGUUCCAGGUGGACCCAGUGUUGGGAAACCCCAGCAACGGGUUCAUUCAACGGGUGAGAGAAGACAUCAGUGACCAGACCAACUUGGCUGGAGGAUACACCAGAGAAGAAGUGGAAAAGCUUUUUUACGGGGUAGAAAAGGUCACGUUGAGCAAAAUCAAGGGCAGUAACGUGUUGCUCGAGUCGGCGGUUGAGGCGGAACAGCACAAGAAAACGGCAGUGUUGACGAUGUUAAACAUGAGAAACACCAACGCCAAAGACAAAAGGCUUUUGGCUAUCAACAGAGCCAAGAGAGAAUUUGCGCGUGUGGAGGGUGAUACGGGCUCGCCCGAGGUGCAGGCGGCCAUCAUGACGGUGAAAAUCCAUUUGGGCAUGGAUCAUGUCAAGCAGUUUCACAAAGAUAAGGUGCAUCUUCAGAACGUGAGAGAGCUUGUGCAACAAAGACAGCUGAUAUUACGGUACUUGAAGAAGGUGCGGCCUGAAGACUAUUACUACUGUCUUGAAAAGUUGGGGUUGACAGACGAUGUGAUUACCCGGGAGUUCAACAUGGGAAGACAGUAUCUCCAGGACUAUAAGGUUUGGGGAGAUAAGCAGUUGGUGAAGUUGAGCGACAAACAGAAGAGAAAAGAGCAGAAGUUUACCGAGUUGCAGAAGAAGGUGGUUUCAUACAACCAGUUGGCACGGGCCAACUUUGAUGCGUUGAACUAACUUGUACAUAAUAUAUUAUCAUUAUCUCAUACUUGCGGAUAUUCAUGGUAGACUUUAGAAAUUAUUUUCCUCAAUACUCUGAUAGAAUCCCAUUCUCUCCAUCUCUAUAUAUCGUCUCCCACUAACUCCAACAACUCGUUCACUCGCUCGCUCGUGGUAUCGUCCUUCAACACCUGCAACUCCUGGUUCAAGGUCAGCGCAUUAUCAUAUAUCUGUGCCUUGAGCUCAUUACUUUCCGUCACCAACGCCGAUAACUCCUUGAAAUACUGCAAGUUAUCGAUACACAACUGGUUAUAUAUCAACCGCAACGACUGCACGGUCUCAUUCCGUUUGUGGCUCUUGUUGGCCUCAAUGAUCUCCCUGGGUGUAAGUUUGUCGAUUUCAAUGGCAUUCUCUCCAUUGAUCCCUCGGACUUUCGCCAGAUGGAUGAUCUCAUCAAGCAGGUCAAGCUUGUUAUGCAAGUCCCGCUCCUGGAAUAUGAGAUCAAACUCUCUAAUGGAAUUAUUGAACCAGAAGUCGAUGAUUUGAGACCGCGCCAGUUCAAGCACCAGUUCACCUUGGCUGGUGCCGGCGACUGUGGGGUAGCACUUCUUGAUCAGCUCGAUGUCGAGUGAUUUCUUGAUAGACUCCUCGAGAGCCCGAGUGCACACGAGCCGAAGCCGUUCGUACCUUAUCUUGUCAAAGGUGUCCAUGGUGAAUAAACAACUGAAUAAACAAGCGCG